UUUCCUUCCUUGGUUUUCUCGGACGUUCGCGCUUUGUUCUUUUUCCGAACCGAAGACGACGAGUUCUCCCCGCAACGAGUAGAAAACUACUGAGAUAGGACCCGUACGAGGUUCCUCGCGACGUUUAUAUUGAACGAGUCGACUUCCGCUCGAUCGCCGCGAGAAACGUUUAUAAACCAAGACACAGAGUCUUGUGCUAAUUCUACGGGUGACGCCGGCCGCCUUGGAGCCUCGAAGACUCGAGAUCUCCUAAGGCGUUUGUAAGCACGACCAAGUUUCUAGUGCAGUACAAAAAAAAAAAAAAAAAAAACGAUUUGUGAUUUAUCGGUACUUUCUUAGUUUGUGUUGUGUUCAAGUUGAAAGUUUAAGUCGACAUGAAAGUUCUACGCGAAGAAAAACCCGACAAAAAAAACAGUAUGUAUUAUAUAUGUGACGCAGUUCUCAGUUUAAGUAAUAAAGUAUAAAAAGUUUUUAAAUAUACAAAAAAGUCGAAAGUUGUGAUAUAAAAAGUAUGUACGACACGAUAUGGAUCGCGCGCGUUGUGCCAUCAAGAGUGAAUAUCUCACAGACUCUGAUUGACACAGGCUGAAAUAGUUCGACAUGUCCGACUCUGGUUCAGAAAGUAAUUCCUCAGAGGGUUAUGACGGUGGCAGGAAUCGACUUAAUGUCGCUGAAGAAGUUACGUCGUCACGUUAUUCGCAUCGUUCAUCUGGUUCUGAACAACGAAAGUCCGCGGCGAGUUCCGUUUCAUCCGGAGAAAAAUCUCCUAGAUCACUGUUAUCAGAUGGAGAAUCUAAAUCCGUGAAGUCUGCCCCAAUGUCACCGAAGUCGCAACGAUCCGAAAUUAUGUCUCCGGAUCGAGAUGGUGAUCCAAAUGACUCUCCGAGAUCAAUUCGUAGUUUAUCGAAAUCUCCAUCACCGUCAUCAUCGUUACCGAUGUCACCAGCGUCUCCGCCAGGUUCUCCACCAGAAUCUCCGCCAGAAUCCCCACCGGGAUCGCCACCGGCGUCUCCACCGGCAUCACCACCGGCGUCUCCACCGGCAUCACCACCGGCAUCACCGCCGGCAUCAUCACAGGGAUCACCUCCGGCACUAGCACCCGCAUCGCCACCGGCAUCACCGAAAUCUUACCGUUCGGGAAACAACUCUCUCGAUUCACCCCGAUCAGACAGAUCGUAUUCUCCGUUAGGACAGGACAACGGAUCAUGUCUUUCAUCUGCAAACGGUUCCAAGUCGAUGUCCUUCGGCGAUACCGAAUCUAAAGCGUCUGAUAUCGAGAUGGAUGCGCAAAGAUCUGUUGAUAACUCGUUGAAAUCAUAUUCCUACAAGAACAGCGAAUCCAGGCAGAGCUCACCGAAGUCUCCGAGAUCAGGACCUAGUUCUGUAAAAUCUUUGAUUUCGGGAAGAAGUUCGCCGAAGUCGUUCAAAUCCGGUCCAGCGUCUCCUAUGGAUGAUCAGGAAUCGGAUAAAAAUUCAGGUCCUCGUUCUCCGGAAGACGGAAAAAACGGUUCGUUCAAUGAAUUGGAUGGCGAACAAAUUUCGGACGGCGAUAUUGAGGACGAACCAGAAACCAUGUCUAAGUCUAUGCCUACACCUAUAACUCACGGCGAGGAUUUGUCGGAUGUGUCGGAUCUCGAAAGUAUGGACGGUCACGAGGGAUUCGCUGAGCCAAACGCGGAAAUGAACAAGAAUCAAGAAAAGGAUGACAAGCAAGAGAUCACACGCGAUAAAGAAAAUGCAGAUAAAGAAGACAAAAUUGCGCCGGUCGGCUUGGCAGAAGAAAGCGAGCAACUAGACUUCGAAGCCGAUGGCCAAUGGAAAGACGAGCGCGAUGACGGUGAAACUGAAGUAUCAGGUGCAAAAGAAACUAAAGAGGAAAAUGACAAAGAUAAUAAAGACAAGACAAAGUCGAAAGAAUCCGGUCAAACGAACGAUAAAGAAGAAGGUGAAGAGGGAGAAAAAGAAGAAUCUGAAUUAGAGGAAGGAGAGCUUAGCGACGGAGACGACGCACGGCCGGAGGAGACCGAGCCGAGACCCGUGUGUCGUUUCUACAAUCGCGGUCAGUGCACUUGGGGCGUUAGCUGUAGAUUUUUGCAUCCAGGUGUGACAGACAAAGGUAACUACACUAUGUUCGAUAUGGUGAGACCAAUGGCGUACCCACCGCACGCUUCCGCGCCGCACGAAUACAGAUCGCACGUCGACAGAUCGAAUAUUCGAUCGAUGCCCGGUUACGGUGCGCCUGCUCCCGCGCCCAAGGUCGAGGAAACGCCAACAGAGUCCGCGUGGGAGCGCGGACUGCGCCAUGCUAAGGAAAUGAUGCGUAAAGCUAAUAAACGCAAAGAAUCAGACAUGGACUUCGAAGAAAAGAAGAUGAACUUGAGCUUGGGACAGGAUGAACUGGACCGAGAAGCAGGAUAUUACGUGAGACCGGCUAGUCCCGAACCACCAGUUGAAAGAUGGCCAGAAAGAGAAAUACCGCGAAGAGUACCACCGUCUAGAAUUACUCCAGAGAGGUACAUAGAAGAGCCUGAGGGAUAUUAUCCACCACCUUCGUCAUCUGAGUAUUAUAGGAGAGUUCAUUAUAAAGAGUCUCGUGACUAUCGAGAGCGUGUCGAUUAUCACGCAAUUCCUCGUGGUGCACAUUCGGUUUCUCCGCCGAUGCACAGUCGCGAGCGAGACAGAGAACGGGAUCGCGAACGCGACAGGGAACGAGAUUACUAUGAGAAGUACGAGAAGAAGCACAAACGGCCGUCUCGGGAAGUCAUCGUGGAACGUAUUCCACCAACAAAGUCUUGGCGAGAAGAGGAACCACCUCCCGUGGAAAGGGGCAGAGGUGACGAAUGGGCGGAUCCGUGGAUGCGUCGCAAAUCUCCGAGUACCGUACGACGCCAGGCGUCAACCCACCGAUCCCGUCGACAAUCGUAUUCUUCAGGAUCCUCGUAUUCUUCGACAAGGUACCAUUCGCAUUUUUCUAGCCGUAGCUCAAGCAGAUCUAGCUACAGUUCUUACGACUCCCUCUCCAGGUCUCGUUCCCCCUCACCUCGAUCCCGAACCCGAUCCUCCGGCAAAAACAGAUCCGCCGUUCUCACAUCAUCACCCUCGAAUACUCCGGUUGUUCCCGCCGCACCUCAACGAGGUGCUAUGUUAAUGAAUCCCCCCGCACCAUCUCCCCGCCCACCUAAAGGUUCUAUUUCCCCUACAACUGGAACGCUACAUCGACGAGCUGGUUUGAAUCCACCCGCUCCGAGCCCGGUCUCGUCUCAUCAACGUCAUCAUGAGAAAGCUCGAGAACAAAAGGCCGCUAUGGCUGCAGCUGCUGUCGCCAAGAUCAUCAAAAGUCGUUCCAGAUCUAGUUUACGUAAAGACGAUAAAAAAACUUUAUUUAGGUCGUCCCACAGUAGUUCGGGAUCGGAAAGCAGUGGGAGUAGCAGCGACUCGAGCGAAUCAAGUUACUCGUCGUCGUCCAGCGAAGUACGUAAGAGAAAAGGCUCGACACCGCCGUUACCGCGCAAAGAGUCGAAGGGCAUCGACGCUUUGAAAUUGAGCGGCACGAAGCAGCAAAUCAAACUUACGUUGAAACCAACGAGCAAUACAACGGUAAAGAAGAUCGAGCGCAACGCAAUUGUUGCAGGUAAAAAGCGCGGUCUGGAAUCACCACCGUUAAUCGACAGCAAGGCUCAAGUAGCUGCGGCGGCGGUUAAAGCCGCCAAAAAGGCAAGCUCACGUCGCGAGGAGUUGUUAAAACAAUUGAAAGCCGUGGAAGAUGCAAUUGCACGCAAAAGAUCGAAGGUUUAAAAACUUGCUUGAGUAUUUACAAAUGUUCUUCAUAAGCAGGUAAAUACGUACCAAUCAAGUGUUUCUAGACAUGUACAAUUAAUUAAACAUCACUAUCGCGAAAUAACGAAUCGUAUAUGACAUGCCUGUGAUGGUAUAAAUCAUUAGAAAAUCAUUAGAAAAUGUUCCCAUUUUUUAUUACAAUACAAACAUUCGCAAUACAUUUUUAUCAGAGUUUGUCAGAGUUUGUCAGAGUUCUCUUUCUUUCUUCACAAACGUUCACUUUCUUUCAAUAUUCACGUCCUUCCUUUAGAGAAAUCAUAAUUUCUACUUUUAGUUCCACUUAUAUUGCGAGAAAAAAUACGCUUAAAUAUAUAUAUAUAUAUAUAUACAUAUAUAUAAAUCUUUCUUUUUUUUGUUUUUCAUAAAACAAGCGAUCUAAAACAGAUGGUGCUAUCAUUUUCAGUUGUACAAGACAAAAUGUCUCUUCACCGAGAAUUACAAACGAAAAAUAACAGUUUUAUUAUAUCUCUGUGAAUGUGUGUAAUACACCAUAGGAUAUAUAUAUAUAAACAUUCUGGUUUAGAAGUUUUAGAUCACAUAUGUAUAUGUAUAAAUUUGUAUACAUAUAUAUUAUACAUAUAUGUUCUUACAUUUACAUGUACUUUAGUGUCAGCUGUUUUUCGAAGCAAAAAAAAAAAAAAACAAAGAUGGUGUCAUUUCGAGAUACAAUAAGUCAAAACAAAAACAAACAACUUUCUUGGUGUUUACUGCAAUAGCACAGAAGCGCUACACGAACGAUCAGCAAUAUCCGAAAAUAGAAAUACGCCUAACAAUGUGAAGAGUAAUAAAAAAAAAAAAAAAAAAA